CUAACACAAGAAUAAACAGAAUUUCCACCUUCGAAUUUCCAAUAUUACCCUUUUUCUCUUCCUCAAAAUCUCGUUUCGCAAUAGCAUCUUUCAUUCACACGGAAACGAGCACACACUCUCGCUUUCUCUCUCUUCACGAUGGAGAAAGCCGAGAGCUCCACCGCCACCGCCUCCACCUCCGACCAAGACUCCGACGAAAAGCACCACACACUCCACCACCUAACAGUUCCACCAGGUCUAACUCACCACGAGUUCGACUCACUCGCCUCCUUCGUCACCGAACACCACACCUACCUCAUAGGUCCCGGCCAAUGCUCCACCUUACUCGCUCAACGAAUCCACGCGCCUCCCGAAACCGCCUGGUCCGUCGUCCGCAGCUUCGACAAGCCGCAAAUCUACAAACACUUCAUCAAAAGCUGCUCUCUCAAAGACGGUUUCCAAAUGAAAGUCGGUUGCACCAGAGACGUCAAUGUCAUCUCCGGUCUCCCUGCCGCAACCAGCACCGAGAGACUCGACCUUCUCGAUGACGAACAACGCGUCACCGGAUUCAGUAUCACCGGCGGUGAACAUCGCUUGAGAAACUACCGUUCUGUUACCUCCGUUCACGGUUUUGAUGACGGUGACGGUGAGAUCCAGACGGUUGUUCUUGAAUCUUAUAUAGUUGAUGUUCCUGAAGGUAACACCGAAGAGGAUACGCGUCUUUUUGCUGAUACCGUUGUGAAGCUUAAUCUUCAGAAGCUUGCGUCUGUCACCGAAGGAAAGAACCGUAACGGUGACGGUAAGUCACAUUAGUAGGGUCCACAUCACCGCAAGUUUUAUUAAAUACCGAAACAAAAAAAAUUGGAAUGCAAAAAAAAAAAAGGAAAAAAAACUUGCUGUGACUAUUUUGAAAGUGUUGUGAAAAGUUGAAAGUAUCGCUCCCUCAUGAAAUCAUAAGAAAAAGAGAAAAACUCAAAAUUGUGUAUUUUUCUUUUUUUUUUUGGGAGAUUCAUUUUGUUAUUUUAGUUCUUUUAUUUUGUGUGAGAUUUUUAUUUUUCAAUGAAGAUUUUACAUUUCAGUUUUUUUUCUGCAACAUGUUGUGGUGGAUGGAGAUUGAAAAUUGUUUGUUAAUGGCAAAUGUGUAAGGGCAUUUAAGUCAAUGAAUUUGUACAGAAAAUGUUGACUUGUUGAUGUGAUCAUUGUGAAUAUCAUUUGCUUUUUACCUUGA